GAGAUAAUCAUUUACUACUCGUAUUGUCCAUUAUCUUGUAGGGUCAUAUCAAUACGAGAUUGUCGCUAUAAUGGAAGCUUCUGACGUCCCAGCAACUGGACUUGCGGGGCUCUCCACCCAUUGUUCUGGUCCGUGGAUGUUCAAGUCGUUUCAACACGAUUCUUUCAUCAGUCGCCAUGUCCGGCUCAAGCAGACCGCGUACCUCACAUGCCUGCAGAGAAUGCAAGAGGCGUAAGGUAAGGUGUGACCUCACAAAGCCGUCUUGCUCAAGGUGUGCCGCUAGCCCAACUACACGCUGUAUCUACGAUGCUGCAAACGAAGGCUCUAGUGCUUACCAGUUUGUUCAUGCGACGUCUCCGGUCGAUCGGACACGACGCGUAGCUGAACGCAAUGAUCAGGUGACGAUUCCAGUGGAGCGUCUCGAGAAUCUAGAGGCAAGAUUGCACCAUCUCACCGCUCUGGUUCACUCUUUGCAACCCCCUCCCACUACCGACCCAGGCUCUCUUGAACACAAUCACCCGGGGAAUCCUACCCAGUCUACGAAUAGCAUCGGAGUCUCCCAGACUACAGCAACUCAGUCACUGCAAGAUAGAAACACGGGCUAUUUGGAUGUCCAAGCUGGAGGUCGAGUUCGGUAUAUUGCCCGCACACACUGGGUAGCCUUGUCCGAAGAAUUUGACGAGAUCGGUAACCUUCUACGAGAACAGACACGAUAUAACACCAUUUACGCGGGAUCCGGAGCAGCACAAUUCGCAGACACCCUCAUCUCCGCGCCGCCAUCUUGGAACUCCUACCAGCGGAGGUCUUCAAGAUAUCAGCAACAUGUACCCUUGCGAACACUGCAUAUCCCUGACAGAUCUCGGAGUGACGCUCUUUUUGAGGCCUAUGUCUCCUCAUUUCAUCCAGUCGUGCCGCUGACCCAUAUCCCCACUCUGCGCGAAGACUACGACCAUUUCUGGGAAUCGAUCCAUGCCAACGAAGCUCAGGACGCACUUCAAACAUCGCCUCUUAUCUUGGCCGCUCUGUACGCUGGUGCAGCAGUGUAUCAAGGUUCUUCACUUGGAGAUGUCCUGCCCAAUGCCGAUAUCAGGAGAGUCGCAGUUGAGUUGCAAAGAGAAGCGACACGCGCUUUGCAUGGUGCCCAUUUCCCGAGAGUACCGACCGUGGCUUCCCUAGCUGCUUACUUGAUAAUCCAAGGAACCUGGAUGCGUGACGAGGAACCACUGAACACUUCCAGCUUCAUAGGUGUGGCUGUGAGAGUAGCGCAAAUGCUUGGGCUACACAGAGAUCCCACGCACUUCUCAAGCUCCAUACUUCCCAUUCCUGCCGAGAUUCAUCGCCGAGUCUGGUGGCACGUCUUUCACGUUGACGUCCUGGUCUCUUUGGCAUCAGGUUUGCCACCCAUCAUCGAUCGAGAUUCAUGGGACACAUUGAUGGUCAGUGAGCUGUACGAAGACAAGAUCGGUACUGUAGAGGGCAUCCAAUACAUGCAAGAUGUUCGAAAAGGAUUACGACUUCCGGCUGGCCCUGCCGACGAAAUGUCCCUAAUCUCGCCUAUGGGGAUUUGGUUGCAGGGGAAGAUACAGGAAACAUUAACUGUACGGGAGCUGCUGAACAAGACAUUUCGCCAUGAGUCGAUGACCAUGAAUGACCUCGAGUCGGUCCGAAAUAGCCUGGAAUCUCUACAACAACAGAUGCAGGAACGAGUAGGACGAAUCCCUUUACAUACGGAGUCGCAUACCUACGAGAACAGUCCAGAUUUGAACUUGUGGGCCAAAAUACUUCUUUCAGCGCUUGGUGAUAAGAACUGGUGGUUUCUGCACUCAUCUCUGCUCCAUCGCUCCAUAAACCAGGCAUGGCGAAUGAUGAUGCCAAAGGCUAACAAUAGCCAAAGCUUGCAGGUCCACUGUUGCGCAUUCCUCGAAAAAUAUGUGGUUUUGGCCUGCGCAGGAGAUUUCGGGCGUUUUCAAUGGGCUUGGCCCGGAAAUCAUCAGCCACUUCACGCUAUGAUGAUGGUUUUGAAAGGCAUAGAGCGCGAUCCCGCGGGACAAGACGUGCGGAUUUCAUGCACAAUUAUUGACGAAGUCAUGGCUCUCUGCAGUCCUGAGGGUGGUAUCACGGGCAGCGAUGGCUCAAGCAUGACACCACGUCCACUGACGGAAGGAGGGGCCGAGGCAUGGGAUCUUGUUCGCCGUCUGCGUGCCCGUGUUUGGCUUACAGUUGGACUCGAUCCAGAUAUAGCACUCACCAGGGAAGAGGUCUGUGCAAGUGUUUCACUGAAGAUGGAAGGAUUCAAAGCAACUGGUCAGAUGCAUCUGGGGACGCCUUUGAGACUUGAAAGCUCGUCCGGGAUUGAGGUUUCAGGUCCUCGGCAACCGGGACCAUCAGUGGUCGAAUCACAGUCGGCUUUGUUUGACCAUGAUCUUACCACCACUUUAGGUGGUGGAGGUGCUACUCCGAACAUCAAUUGGGAAGAUUGGGACGAGAUGUUCACCACCAACCUAUGA